AUGUGUAAACAGCUUAACCCCUCUAGAAAGUUUUUUAACCCGGGAGGCCUGACUUUUCCGGACGAAGAAGAAGACGGUGCCCCAAUCCCUAUGAAUACAAUGCAGAACACUGAUGGAGGGCUGUCAAACCCUGCGUACACGGAAGACGAGGAAUCUACCGCGUCAUCAAGCCACGAGCAUUCCAUCGAGGAGGAUGAAGUUUUUGAUGAUGAUCCACCUAGUUACAAGUCCAGGGAAUCACACGAUGAUGUUGACAGAGAAGUGAAAGACACAGGACCGAAACAUUAUAAAUGGGAUGUGUUCCGUUUGGCAUCGGACGACAAUAUAUCUGGAUCUGAAUUAGCUUGUUGGAACGCGUGUUUUGUCAUCAACAGAGUGGUACUGUGUGCAUUAAUUUUCUUUUUUGUUUGUGUGACGUCAGUGAUAUCAAAAUUUACUUUUAUUUUGAUGACAACAAACAUCUUUCCACCCAAUGGAGAACUUAAAAAUCCAGACAAAACUCUUAAAUACUUUAAAAACAGACAACUAACAAGCGUGGAAGUCACCUGGAUUUGGAGUCUCCUCAUUGCCAUUAUAGCGCCAUAUGUGUUUAUAGUAUUCAAAUACAUCCUGAUUCUCCUAUUCAAGAAAACAAGGAAACUGAAUUACAAAGUUUUGUUAGCAGCUCUGUGUAUAGAGACGCUACAUUCCAUAGGACUCUGCACAUUUGUUCUGGUGGUUCUACCUAGCUUUGAGCCAAUAUCUGCAACUCUUCUUUGCUCAAGCGUGUCAUUGGUGCCUGCCCUACUGAAAACAAUUUAUCCAGAAAGAACCUUGAAGAAAAUAGAAGAAAAAGACGAAAGUCGACUGCGAAUUGCUCGUGCUAUUAACACUCUAGCUAUUAUAUUCCAGAUGGCUAGUAUCGGCCUCUGGACUUAUUAUGUGUACCAUGCAUAUAAAUCAACGGACUCCCAUACAAUUACUAUGAUGGUCCUAGUAGCCUUGUCUCCCAUACUGGUGUCUGUAACCUGGUGGGAAAAUUAUGUCAAACAAGCCAAAUCCAAGAGCAAAAAUUCUAGUGAUCCCGAUGAGAAUUCCUCAGGUUUGAUGCGAUUGAAGUUAAACAUGAGACGUCACAGAGUAAAAGUUGGUUUCCUUGUCAACUUGUGGAAAAUCAUAAUGACAUUGCUUGUAAUGCCUAGCUUAUUGUUUGGGGGAUUCUGUAGCGAUAGGGAUACAUGCAUCGAUGUCUUGUUUCUUAGGACUGCUGGGGGAGCCAAUCUUACAACCAUCGUUAAUGCAACCAUGACAGACACAAGGUCAUUUGGAGAAGGCUGCAUCUCUUAUUUUCCUUUCAUGAUAUCAAUGGCAAACGUAUUGUCAAAUAUUAUAUGUUUUAAAGUUGCCAAAGCUGCAAGUAAGAUUGUGGCACAGAAAUUAUGUUUUGCCUUGCCCGUUGUUUUAUCAACCCCUAUUGUAAUAGGGUUCAUACUUGGUUUCUACUCGCAAACAAUAUCAAUAACCUUUGGAACAUGUAUUUUACCCAUGCCAGUUUGGUCUGAUACGAACAAAGAUCCCACAAUUCUGUUUGAUAUAAUAGAAACCUACUGGGUGGUUAUUGCUGCAGGAGCUCUUGGGUAUAUGUCCUUUCUCCUCGUCACAAACCACAUGUGGUCACCAAGUAAAGAAAGACUCAUCGCAACGGAUAGGUUAUUUGUACAGCCUUUGUUUAAUGGAGUCUUGUUAGACCAGUCCUUAUUACUCAACAGAAGACGAACAGACGAAGAGUUUAAAAGAGCCGAAGAGCAUAAUGAAUCAGAAAAGAAAGUUCCUAUCCCAGAAAAUGAAGAUAUAGAUGAAAAACAAGAGAUCGAUUGGUCAAUUCUGAGAAAAGAUGAUACACCGAUGAUAUACUUUUGUGCGACUAUGUGGCACGAGUCAGAGACGGAGAUGAUUCAAAUUCUGAAAUCGAUAUUUAGGCAAGAUGAGGACCAAUGUGCCAGGCGUCAUUUACAGAUGUUUCUUGGUAUCAAAGACCCGGAUUACUACGAAUUUGAAGCUCACGUGUUCUUUGAUGAUGCUUUCCAAGCACAUGGUGACGAGGACUUUAUCUACCAAGUCAAUGAUUUCGUCCAUCUUCUUGUUAAUUGCAUUGACAUAGCCGCCAGUGCUGUUCACAAGACGGUCAUGAUUAUCCCCCCACCAGUAAAAUAUCCAACCCCAUAUGGUGGACGCUUAGAGUGGCAGCUUCCCGGUGGAAACAAAAUCAUUGCACACCUUAAAGAUAAAGCAAAAAUUCGUCACAGAAAGCGCUGGAGCCAGGUUAUGUAUAUGUACUACUUCCUAGCUCACAAGUUAAUGAAUAUCCCAAAGAAAUCCAAAGCCCAACGCAGAGUAAUUGCAGAAAACACAUUUUUGCUGGCACUCGAUGGAGAUGUAGAUUUCCAGCCUAAAGCAGUUCAGUUACUGGUUGAUCGAAUGAAAAAGAAUCCAAAAGUUGGAGCAGCAUGUGGUAGAAUUCAUCCCAUUGGCUCAGGACCCAUGGUGUGGUAUCAACAGUUUGAAUACGCUAUAAGUCACUGGCUCCAGAAGGCAGCAGAGAAUAUAAUGGGCUGUGUACUCUGCAGUCCCGGAUGUUUUAGUCUAUUUAGAGGUUCCUCUGUGAUGGAUGAUAACGUCAUGAGAAGAUACACCACACCGCCAACUGAACCACAGCAUUAUGUGCAGUAUGACCAAGGCGAGGACCGUUGGCUCUGUACUCUUCUUUUGCAACAAGGAUACAAAGUGGAGUAUGUAGCCGCCAGCGAUGCCCUGACAUAUGCACCAGAAGGUUUCAACGAAUUUUACAAUCAACGCAGAAGAUGGUCUCCUUCAACAAUGGCUAAUAUUAUUGAUCUCUUGAUGGACUGGAAGAAUGUAACGAGGAAGAAUGAGGACAUUUCAAAGCUUUACAUUUUAUAUCAAACCUUUCUUAUGGUUUGCUCAAUUUUGACACCGGGAACAAUCUUUCUGAUGAUACUUGGCGCUAUCACCAUGGCUUUUCCAUCCAUUCCACCUUUCGCUGCCAUGACAGUCAAUAUUAUCCCAGUUAUUGGAAUGGUGAUUCUCUGCUUUGUUGCUAAAUCGAAUGUUCAGCUGACAUACGCCGCCAUUGUCUCUACUAUUUACUCGCUGUUGAUGAUGGUUGUUUUGGUGGGACUGUUGGUAGAGGCGGCAGGUGCUGGACUUUGUUCUGUAACCACGCUGUUCCUUCUAUUUGUUGCUGGUGUUUUUGUAGUUUCUGCUCUUCUUCACCCGCAGGAAUUUUUCUGUGUGUUACAUGGAUUCCUUUAUUUUCUGUCCAUUCCAUCAAUGUCGAUGCUUUUGAUGAUUUAUUCCCUCGGAAAUUUGCACGUUGUAUCAUGGGGAACAAGAGAAACGAAAGUAGCUGCUCCUCCGCCCCAGCAGGGAAACCAACCGACACAGCAAAAUAAAGUUCAAUCCUGGCUGAACAAGCUAGGAGUAGGAGAUAAUGCUGGAACAUCAGAUUACACAUUCUCUUGUGGGAAUCUUCUACGAUGCGUGUGUUGUCCUCACACAUCGGCCUCCCAUACAGAAGACAUGAGGUUUAGGGCUAUCUUGGAGAGGUUAGAUGAUAUUGAAUCGCGCAUGACAGAAGUAACACACAGUCGGAUUGACUCGAGUUCAGCAAUUAAUGUAAAGCUGGAAGAAGAAACUCUUCCAUUUUCAAAACAAAAUGGAAUAUUUGAAGGAGCAGUAGAAAGAACAAACCCAGCAUUCGUGGAAGAGAAGGACAAAAAACGUGAUGAAUUGAAAGACCCUUACUGGAUACAUGACGCAUCCUUGAAGGAGGGAGCUACCUGCUUCUUAUCUCAAGAAGAGAUUCAGUUCUGGAAGGAAUUUAUCCCACAGUAUCUCAAACCCUUAGAAGGAAACAAAGAGCAUGAAAAACAGGUACAACGGGAUCUAAUUGAGCUAAGAAAUAAAGUAUGUCUAGCCUUCCUGUUGAUGAACGCCUUAUUUGUGACUAUUGUGUAUGUACUAACUGAGGUCAACGCCAGUACCAGUCAGACUCUGUCAAUAAAACUACCCUGUGAAGUGAAUAACGGACGCCAAGGACAGGGUUAUAUUGAACCAAUAUCAUUCGCGUUUACUGCUAUUUUUGGUAUCAUGCUUUUACUUCAGUUUGUUUGCAUGCUUUUCCACCGGUUUUCUACGUUCAUACACAUAGCAGCCUCCACAGAGAUCCGCCUAAAAAGAAAAUUAAUUGAUACAAUGCGUAGAAGUGACAAAGGGCCUAAGGAAAUUGGGGUGGAAGAAGGUCUUCAGCUUGUUAAGGAGAUGCAGGCCCAGGAUAAUUCUGACACAAUGUCUCUAAUGUCUCAAGAGACAACAGUAAGUGAUGAUCUAGAAACAACCGGUCCCUCAAGGGGCAGAGAACUCUGGAAAAAAAUCGGCCAGCGACAAAGAAAAGCAACUAAUGGAAAAACACUAUCUCGUAAUUUUGCGAAAAAUUUUGCAAAGCUAAAUCUAGCAAUGCAAGAACAAGAUAAAUCUAGUACCAGAGGAAUAUCAGAACAAGACGAUUUAACAGAAGAUAAAGUGGCUGCUGUUCAGAAAGUUUUUAAAAACCGAUUCCAGAGGAAAUCUCUACUCACAAUUGUUACGCUAGCACAAAGUAAGCAAAAACAAGAAAUACAAAAAAGAGCAUCAUUGCUUAAGAAAAAGAAGGUCCAGUCAGCAUGGGUCGCUGCAGCAAAUAGAGUCAGACUUCAGGAACGAAUAAAAGCACGAGAAAAUGGAGAAGGUGAUAGCAGUAAAGUGGGAUUUGCAGAAGUAAUGAAAACUGCUGCUGCUUUGGAGAGAAAGAAGAAACUUUCUAUGCAACAGAGAAAAGAAGAGAAAUACAUGGCUGAAAUAGACGAAGAAGAAGAACCAAAGCCAAAGAAACACAUAAAUGAGAGAAAAGCCCGGAUAUCAGUAGACAAUGUGUCGGAAUGGCCCGCUGAGCAUGCGUAUGCUGUACAACCAUCGGGAGACGCAGCAGAAGGAGACGCAGAGUCAGAAGGAGACUAUGCUAACGCUGAUGUAUUGUUUUAAUCGCCAUAAUUUAAUAUGAUACAAUCUGUGAUAUAGACGUGAGGUGUAGAUAAAAUAUAUAUUAAUGUUUGAUUUCGCUAUUUUAUACAUUUUUAUAUUAUAUAUAUUUUAAACCAUUUCAUAUGUCGUUUGUAUUAAUGCAUCUUUAUUCCGGAUAUAUUACCUUGUCCGUCUUUUUGAAGUUGAAUAGCUAUUUAUUGGAAACUACUUAAUACAUACUAAGAUUUUAUUAGUGGAAGCAUUGACAAAAUAUUUUUUAUAAUCCUCAGAGCCCUGUCUCUGUGAAACCAAAGCAAGAUCAAACGUCCCUCCAAAAGAUUUAAAAAAAAUGCUUUAUAUACCCAGCGAACAAGCUAAUUGUGAUUUAAAAAUUAAGUUUUAAGUUAAAGACCAAUUUACAUGUAUUAUUUAUAUAUUUUAAAUAAUGAAUUCAUUAUCAUGGAUGGCCUAUGUUUAUUAAAGCUUCAAAAAAAAAAAAGAAGAUAUUUAGGUUAACAGGAUACAAAAUGCUCUACAUUGUAAUGAGCCUGGGUUCAUCAAAUUGUAAAAUUAAUUUGUAAAGUAAUCUGUGUAUUAGAACUUUGUGAAAUGCACAAUUUGAGCAAUUUGUCUACUAUUGUUGUACAUCAAAAAUAAAUGUGCAAAAUUGCACAUUAAUCAUCAAUAACAUUUUCAAAUUCAGGUUAGAACAAUUCAUGGAUUACUAAGGUUAAUUGGUCUUUUGAUCUCUUUCGAUAUUCAUCGAUUUGAAACUGGAAAUGUGGUACUGUACUUGAAAUACAAAUGUAAUACAAUUUUAAAUUGAAUACUAAUAUAUCAUAUUAGUUGUCAUAUUAUUAGCAAAUUUAAAGGACAUGAGUUUUCAUGCUUUUCAAGAAAUACUAAUGAUGUAGAAUUUUUACAAGAGUUGACCCGUGUUUGGCCUUUGCUGCUAUGGUUCCCUUUUAUCGUAGACACUGUUACACAGUUUUGAAAUUUAGCAGAGAUAACUUUGCAUGUAAUGAUAACAUAUAAACAAUAAAAUGUAUUAUCUCAGAUCACAAAGAAUAUGUUCAAAGAAUUUUAUUGUUGCAUCACAAAUGAAUAGAUGAGUGAUUACCAAUGAAUUAAGUGUCUCUGGCAAAGCAAUUGAUGGACCGUGAACACAGAGAUCAGGCCCUCAUACAACAAUGCAAAAAUCACAUAAUCAUCAGACAUUCAAAUCAAGGUUCAAAGUUCAAAGUAAAAAAAACCUUGACUCUUAGAGGUAUAGAGGUCAAGCCUUGACCCAGGGAGGAUGCAAAA